AUGGAGUAUAAUCUGAGCACGCGAUACCACCCUCUUGCUCGUUCAACCAUCCAAAACGUGCUCAAAGUAUCAGAGGAGGUCGAAUGUCUUGGUAGAAUACUGCGAGUCAAUGCGCAAUUCACUCACCGGUCUGUCAAUACUAUCCCUCCCUUCAUGCUCCGAACCCUCUAUAUGCUCGCACUCCCGGCAACAUCCUUGUUAAACCCACAUCCUGAAGUUGUUACUCUGAUGACAUACAUCGAGGUGGUACAUCGACUCUCGGCUUACAUCGGUCCACGAGCUGUAUACGGCCUAGUCAGGGAUUUCAACAGCACAAUCCCAAGGAAGUUUGAUGCAAAGAUUGUAACAAAAGUUCCAGGAACCGGACCUCGUGUUGCCAAACGGUGCGAGGCGGAAGAUGGGUUGGGACCAGUACGGACGGGUUGGGUGAGGGAAGUAGAACAUACUCCCUAUAUGCUUCCUCGGAGUCCACAUGCCGGUGCUCGUUCGGCUCCUUUUCCGCCUCAUGGAGCUCGCCCCUAUCCUCCUUGCCGUAUGUAUUGCUGGGACGCGCAUGAGCAGCGUCAACCUCUCGCGCCGCCAAUGCCUCAGCCACCUUGGCAGCCCAGUCAACCAAUGGUUCAUGAUGCACCGGUUCUUCGUCAGCCUCAUCCCGUUCGUCGUUGGGAAGAGGUAUCUCCUUUAAUUAUUACGCGCACUAUUUCUCCCAUACCUUCUCUUGACGCAGAACUAUCAGUUACGAGUGACCUGAGUGGCCAAUGUUCUAGUAGGCCUUGCACACCAACGACACCACCAACCGUUUCAGAGGCCGACACGCUCAAAAUCACUGUGACCGAAGUUGGGUCCGAGCCAGAUAAUUAA